UCUCCGGGCAGUUUCCGGUCUCGCACUCCGUGUCAUGGCGGCCUCCAGGCUGCCCCCCGGCGCCCUCAGCCUCCGGCAGUUUGUGUUGCGCAGGCAGGUGCUCGGGCUGUACAGGGACAUUUUGCGGGCGGCCCGGAAGAUUCCGGAUCCCGGCGACCGUCGCUCCGCGGCUGACUGGGCCCGGCAGGAAUUCAAAAGGAAUAAAGGAGAGACGGAGCAGGUGGCCGUCCGCCUGCUGAUCUCUCAGGGCCAGACGCAGCUGCAGCAGUUGGAGAAAGCCCUUCAUUUGGCCGGGUGUUAGGCGUGUGGCCCCCGUCAGGCCCCGUCCGGACGUCAGGCUGCUAACGGAGGCUGAGCGGAGUUUUCUCGCUCUGGAGGGAGUUUCCCCGUCACCCCAUCCUCGAGGACUCUGCUCUCUCUGCCAUCGGGGGAUGGGGGGGCCGGGGCUGUCUCUGAUAAAGGGACCGACGUGACGUAUAAAGUUAUUUCUCUUAUCGCUGUCUCUCAUUGGUCGUUUGGUGAGAAACCAGAAGCUGCCGGCAGAUCGGCCCCCGGCGGCCCGUCUGGUCAGUAAAGAGACUGAUGUUGACGUUUUGUAUAAUCUGCGUUGAUGAUGUCAUACACGAUUGACCCCUUCAGUACUCUAUAGGCGUACAGGUUUAGGGACAGCCUGGACUCCCCCUCCCCCACCGACGCGAUCGGCUCUGCUGACCCGACCGUCAUUUUUACGAUUUUUACGUUUCACGAUGAGGACGGUUUCUCUAUUUUAAAUGAUUUAGCCAGAUAUAGAGGUCGUGCAUCUUAUGGAUUCCGGUGAUGUCACAAUGACAUCACUCGGCUCACUGCGUUGUUUAUUUUGUUCUUAUUUUUAUGUAUUUUUGGGGGAAUAAAAACUUUUUUUGCUUUUA